AUGGCCAGGCUUAAUACUUACAUGGGUCACUUCUUUUACCUACUUGUGAUUCUGGCAUUAUCAAUUAGUUUGAAGCAAUGUUUUGCUCUACCAGAGAAGACUACUAGUGCCUUGUUCAUCUUUGGGGACUCCACUGUUGAUCCUGGCAACAAUAACUACAUCAACACUACAGUUGACAUGCGAGCAGAUUGGAAACCUUACGGCCAGAAUGGUUUCUUCAAAGCACCCACUGGGCGCUUCUCUGAUGGCCGUGUCAUUGUUGAUUUUAUUGCUGAAUAUGCAAAAUUGCCGAUAAUUCCUCCGUUUUAUCAAUCCUCUGCUGAUUUUACAAAUGGUGUUAACUUUGCCUCUGGUGGGGCUGGAGUUCUUCCUCACAGCAAUCAAGGGUUGGUGGUUGACCUUCAGACACAGCUAAAAAAUUUUGAAGAGGUGCAAAAGUCAUUGACAGAAAAGCUAGGAGAAGUAGAAGCAAAGGAACUUUUAUCAGAGGCAGUUUAUUUCAUUAGUGUUGGAAGCAAUGAUUACUUGGCAGGUUAUCUAGGUGAUCCAAAAAUGCAAGAAUAUUAUGUGCCUGAAGUUUAUGUUGGGAUGGUCAUUGGAAACUUGACAAAUGCAAUUCAAGUGUUGUAUGAGAAAGGAGCUAGAAAAUUUGGGUUUCUAAGCUUGUCUCCUUUAGGUUGCUUACCAGUCAUGAGAGCAUUGAACCCUAAAGCUAGUGAAGGUGGCUGCUUUGAAGCAGCUUCUGGUCUUGCAUUAGCACAUAAUAAUGCUUUGAACGCUGUACUCACAAGCCUUGAACAACUAUUGAAAGGUUUCAAGUAUUGCAAUUCUGAAUUCUAUGCUUGGCUUGAUGACAGAAUCAGCAAUCCCUCAAAUUAUGGUUUCAAAGAGGGGGUGACGGCUUGCUGUGGAACUGGUCCAUAUGGUGGCGUCUACAGCUGUGGAGGCAAAAGGAAACCCACAGAGUACCAGUUAUGCGAUAAUGUUGAUGAUUAUGUUUGGUGGGAUUCCUUCCAUCCAACAGACCGGAUCCAUGAGCAAAUCGCCAAGACUUUAUGGAAAAAUGGACCUUCUGUAGGGCCAUACAAUCUAGAAGACCUCUUUUUCAACAAGGAAAAGCUCACAAUUGCUGAUACAGUGGAUGCCUCUGACGGAGAACGCUUCCAAUGA